AUGUCUAAAAAUUCUCAAGAUCUUACUCCUGAACCAAAAUUAAUGCAAGACGAUUUGGCGUCUCUGCCUACAACUGAUGUCAAAGAAGAGGAAAUUGACUUUUCUGUGGUAGAUGCAUUACCACAACAAAAAAUUGAUAAUUCUGAAAAAUCUAUAAUUACAAAUAAUGAUGAUUUGAAAAAAGUGAAAAAACUGAAUCAAAAGAAACAAAAAGAAAAGGCCGCUGCAGUUUCGUUCUUUAAAUUGUUUAGAUUUGCUACUCCUCUUGAUAUAAUUUUUAUUAUAAUUGGUUCUCUUUCAUCCUUGGCUUUAGGUUUCGCUAUUCCUGUCAUGACAAUUAUAUUUGCUGACUUCAUUAACAGUUUUUUUUUAUUUGAAUUACAAAAAAAUACUUGUUUCCCAAUUUGUAAGGAUGUAGCAGUGCAAGGUUUAGACGAUAAUGUUAGAACUAAUGCUUUUCACUUUAUUAUAUUGGGUGUUAUCGUUUUUACUGUUGGGUACUUGCAAAUGUCUUUAUGGAUGAUUUCUGGUGAACGUCAAGCAAAUAAACUUAGAUUAAUAUAUUAUUCCGCUAUCCUUCGUCAAGAUAUCACGUUUUUUGAUACUGUAUCGACGGGUGACGUCACUACCCGUAUAUCUGGUGACAUUGCUCUUUUUCAAGAAGGCAUCUCUGAAAAAGUUGGUCAAGUUUUACAAUUUUCUGCUAUGUUCUUUGGUGGUUUUAUUAUAGGUUUUGUAAAAGGUUGGAAAUUAACUCUUGUCCUUUGUUGCGUGUUUCCUUUACUGGCUGCUGUUGGUGGAUUUAUGACGAAAGCCCUGGAUAAGGGAACUACUGAAGGACAAGAUGCAUAUGCAGUUGCUGGAGGUAUAGCUGAACAAGUACUUUCUGGUAUAAGAACAGUGAUUGCAUUUGGUGGUCAAAAACAUGAAGUUGAACGUUAUACCGUGCAAUUAGAAAACGCGUAUAUUAUGGGAAGGAAAAAGGCAUUUGUUAGUGGUUUAAGUCUUGGACUUCUUAUGUUUACUAUGUUUUGUUGUUAUAGUUUGGCUUUUUGGUAUGGCAGUAUUUUAAUAGUAAAUCAUGAAAUGACUGGUCCUGGAAUUUUGAACGUAUUCUUUGCUGUUUUUAUUGGAGCUUACUCCAUUAGUAACGCCGCACCUCGUUUUACUGCUAUAACAAACUCUAUGGGUGCUGCUGCUAAAUUAUUUGAAGUAAUCGACCGCAUUCCUAUUAUUGAUUCAACUUCUCCUAAUGGUCAAGUCAUUCAAAAAUCUUCUUCUCAAGGUCGCAUAGAAUUUAAAAAUGUCUCUUUUCAUUAUCCAACUCGUUCAGAUGUUCAAGUUUUAAAAAACUUUAACUUAAUUAUCGAACCUGGUCAAACUGUUGCAUUGGUUGGUAGUUCUGGAAGUGGAAAAUCUACAAUUGUUAAUUUAUUAGAAAGAUUUUAUGAUCCUACUAGUGGUUCUAUAUUACUUGAUGAUGUAGAUAUUAAAAAUAUUAAUAUUAAAUCAUUGAGAAGACAAAUUGGUUUAGUUGGUCAAGAACCUGUAUUAUUUUCUGAAUCUAUUAAAGUAAAUGUUGGAUGGGGUGGUGAUCCAAUGGAAUCAGAUCCAACUUUGGAUGAUAUUAUAGAAGCUUGUAAAAAAUCAAAUGCUCAUGAUUUUAUAAAUGAAUUACCUAAAAAAUAUGAUACAAUUGUAGGAGAAAAAGGCAGUUUACUUUCAG